AUGAAAGUCGAGGAGCCCAACGCGGCGGCAAUGGUCGUGGACGCGGGGCAAACAAGUGUCCAGUGGCGACAUUAUGAUGAAGGCAACAGCUACGAUCGAGUGGCGUUUGCAGUUUCGUUCGAAUGCGGAGUUUCGACGAACAAGAAUGGACCAGGAAUGUGGGCCGUUGACAGCGGGGCAACACAUCACAUCUGCCACGACAAGUUCAAGUUUGCAAGCUUGGUCGAAGGCAAUGAUGGCGAGAUCCUGGUGGCUGAUGGCAACAAGGCGGCCAUCAAAGGUGUGGGGACCAUCGUGGAAAAGGUGAUUCUGCCAAACGGGGAAGAGCGCGAGAUCGAGAUCAAGAACGCGCUCUAUGUGCCCAGUAUGAGCAAAAAUCUACUAUCGGUGCCGCAGAUUAACAAGCACGGCAACUUCCAAGUGGUGUUUGACGGGGAUACGAUGUACGUCGCUCGCAAGGAUUCCAAUCAAGUGGUGGCAGCUGCGGAUCUUGUAGACGGACUCUACUGGCUUCGCACGACGCAGCGAUCGGCCAAUGCGACAUCACUCAGCAACGCUGUUGAUCUACAUGCGCGAAUGGGCCAUGCUCCAGUCGACGUGCUUCGCAGGAUGGUGACAAGCCACAUGAUCAAGGACGCUCACAUCCCUUCCAAGCCGAAUGGAUCAAGUGUGUGUCGAGGAUGCCAAGAAGGGAAGAUGGUCCAAAAACCAUUCCCGAGCAACCGUGACAAGCGCACCUACAACACCUUCGAGAUGCUUCACUUCGACAUCUGCGGACCCAUGGAAGAAAAAUCUCUGGGUGGCAGCAAGUAUCUGCUGCUGAUCGUGGAUGAAGCCAGCGGAUGCAUGAAGGGUUUUUGUCUGCAUUCCAAGUCAGAGAGCGAAGAGUGCAUCAAGAAGUACAUCACGAUGAUACAGACGCAGUUCAACAAGAAGGUCAAGUUUGUGCAACACGAUGGAGCCCGCGAGUUUGCGACGAACUCGCUUCAAGAUUUCUACGAAGUCGAAGGCAUCGAGCAACAAACCACGGUGCCAUACGCACAUCAAGCCAAUGGAACUGCUGAACGCGCGAUUCGAACUAUCGUCACCAUCGGUCGUAGCAUGCUCCAUCAUGCCAAGUUGGACAAGUGCUUCUGGGCUGAAGCGGCAAUGACGGCCGUCUAUGUGAAGAACCGUUUGCCGUCACCCAAGAUUCCACACAAGACACCGUUCGAGAUUGUCUACAAUUCUAAGCCAAGUGUCAAGCACAUGCGCGUUUUUGGGUGCCAAGCAUACAUCUUGACCCCGAAGGAGAAACGACUCAAGUGGGAUCCCAAGGCCCGGGCUGGAUUGUUUUUGGGCUACGAAGAAGUGUCCAAGGCGUAUCGAGUUUACGACAUCGAAGCGGGGCAGGUGAUGAUAAGUCGCGAUGUCAACUUCGAUGAGUCGGCCUUUGGACUGUCGAUGCUGAUUUCCGAUGACGAUGUUGAUGGCCUGGACUUCGAAUCGAUCGAUCUUGAUGAUGAAGAACCGCGUCCGAGACACUUCAAACAAACAGGAAAGCGCAAGGCCCAACCCAGUCACGACAAUGACGACACAAGCAUGCCCCGAGCAGUGCGCCAACGACCCGGAUUGGAAGAGUCAAGUGCGCCGGAUGACCUCUCUUCACGUCGAGCCAACGAAGAUGAAGAAAGGAAGUCGGAGGAACAACAUGACACACCGACUUCCUCCGCGUUUUGGCAUGCGAGUGCAAACGCCGUCGAAGCAGCGGUCGAUUUUUCGGAGCCGUCGACAUUUGAAGAAGCAGUGUCUGGCCCGGACCAAGUACACUGGCGCAAGGCAAUUGAUGCGGAGCUCGAUUCGAUGAAGCUUCGCGGUGUCUUUCGUGCGGCCAAGUUACCCAACGGACAAAGCGCCAUCGGCACAAAGUGGGUCUUCAAGAUCAAGCGCAAGGCGGAUGGGUCGAUCGAGAAAUACAAGGCACGACUUGUGGCCAAGGGUUUUCGCCAAAAGUAUGGCAUCGACUACACGGAGACGUUCUCGCCCGUGGUCAAGUAUGUGACGCUGCGAAUGGUCAUCGCCAUUACCAAGCACUUUGGAUGGCCCCUCGACCACUCGACCAGCUCGAUGUGGUGA